CCGUCAUCGCUAGCCGCCGUUCUUAAUUCAGUUGACCAACAGACGCAGACGACGUCGCAGCCGAGGCACGCGACUAAAAAAUAGUUUAAAAAACAUACAAGUUAAAAAUAUAAUUUGAAAAUUAUAGCAAACUUACGCAUAUAUAUCAAUAAAGUAUAUAUACGGUUCCAAAACAAAAUAUUCAAAAACAUUUCCGAAUAAUUAAUUGUUUCUCUGUGAAAAAAAAAAUACAAUUCGCGCGUUUUCUUAAAUAAAAAAUUCAACACAAAUAAAGGAGCACAGGAGGAGUCACAGGAAGCGGAACAGGUGCUGGUACAGGAAGUGGAACAGGAACAGGAACAGCAGCUGGAGCAGCAGAUGCCCACAAAAUGGUGCACCAGAGCAACAAUGAGGAUGCCAUGAACAAGAUUCCAUUGAAGUCGGCCGGCGGCCUGGACUCGGACGAGGAGAAGAACGGGGGGGAGCUGAUGCAGGACACCGCCGCCGCCGAGGAGGCGCGACGCGAGCAGAUGCGAGCCAAUGUCUUGGCAUGGAUGAAGAAGCUAACCAUAGUAUUGAUCUGCUUUAUUGGAAUCGCCCUGAUCAGUUACGUGAUCAUCAGCCUGUGUUUCAGUGACUGGCCCAAAUCGACGCCAAAUAGAAACAACAGCACAGCCACAACAUUGAAAGCCACAACAAAGACGACAGCAACACCAACAGGGCUUGUAACAGAAUCAGAUGCAGAUUCAGAUGCAGAUGCAGAAGCAGCAGCAGAAGCAGCAACAUCAAUUGAUUUCGGUGAUACUUCAACAGAAGAUAUUGCACAAAAAGCAAAUAAUGCACAAACAGAACCAGAAACUGCAACAACUAUUGCACCAGCAAUUAGUAGCACAACUUUCACAGCAACAACAACAAUAGAUAGCACAACAACAACAACAAUUACUACAACAACACAACAACCAACAACAACAACUACUAGAACAACAACAACAGCUACAACACAAAGCAAUCCCAGCCCCACACUUAAAACAUUUACUUCAACAGAUGAGCAGCAACAGCAGCAACAAGAGCAGGCAUCAGGAUCCGAUUCGAUUGGUAAUCUUAAUCUUCUGGACACCACCACGCCAUCCUCGGAGGAUUCAGUGCCCAAUGUGGCAGCAUCGACGGCAGGCACUACCGCACCACCACCGCAUCCAGGGCUAUUGGACCAAAUCCGCAUCGAUACCAGCGAUCAGUUUGAAUCCGUUUUGGGAGUCUAUCAACACGGUGCCGUGAGUUCUGACAAUCUGGAGUGCAGCAAGAUCGGCAGCAACAUCCUUGCCCGCAACGGCAGUGCCGUGGAUGCCGCUAUUGCAGCUCUUUUGUGCAACGGCCUCCUGACCAUCCAGAGCUUGGGAAUUGGCGGCGGCUUCUUGAUGAACGUUUAUAGUCGAGCUGACCGUCAUGCCACCUCGAUCGAUGCCCGGGAAGUGGCUCCCUACAACGUUGAGGCGGAUAUGUUUGCCGCAGAGCCGGAGAAAUCGCACAAGGGACCCCUGAGCAUUGCGGUGCCCGGUGAGGUGAUGGGCUAUCAUGAGGCGCACAGUCGUUUUGGAAAGCUACCAUGGGCGGAUCUAGUGGCGCCAUCGUUGGAGCUCUGCGAAAAGGGCUAUCAUGUGUCCCAGCACAUGGAAAGGGCACUCCAUACGGCACUUCCACAAAUCAAGGAACAUCAGCAGUACAAGAUCUACUUGAAUCCGAAAACUGGAAAUCCCCAUUCCGCUGGAACAGUUGUCAAGCCCCCCAAGAACCUCUGCGAAUCCUAUCAACUGCUUUCUGACAACGGACCCCUGGACUUCUACAAUGGAACUCUGGCUGAGCUACUGUCGCAGGAUCUGCAGGAUAUUGGCAGCAUAAUUACCCGCAAUGAUCUGCUAACUUACCAACCGGACGUCAUCAACUCCAUAACGAUGGACCUGGGCGAGGAUACCCUCUACGUUAUACCGCCUGUCAGUUCGGGUUCAGUGGUAGCGCACGCCCUGAGCAUCCUGCAAGGAUAUAAUCUGACCAAGGACGACCUGGCCACCGAGGAGUUGAAGGCAAGGACCAUUCAUCGUAUCACGGAAGCCGUCAAGUUCGCCUUCGCCCGGAGAUCCCAAUUGGGCGACAUGCACUACAUCGAUGCCCGGGAAGUGGUCAGCCAGCUGACCAAUCCCGAGUUCGGCAAUCAGAAUCGUGCCAAGAUCAAUGACUCCCAUGUCCUGCCCGAUCCGAUGUCGUAUGGUGCUCAGUUCGCGACCAAUGAGGAUCCGGAAGGUACCUCCCAUCUGGUUGUUUUGGCGCCCAACGGUGAUGCCGUUUCAGUGACGAGUUCCAUUAAUGCUUACUUUGGCUCCGGACUAAUUGGACCACGGACCGGAAUCGUGCUGAACAACGGAAUGAACGACUUCGCCGUGGAGAACAAUAUGUACGGACUGCCGCAGUCCCAGGCGAACGUCAUUGAUGCCACGAAGCGACCGAUGUCCUCCCAGUCACCCAUCCUGCUGACGGACAAGUCCGGGGACAUCCGAUUGAUCCUCGGAGCAGCCGGCGGCAGUAAAAUCAUUCCGGCCGUGGUGGAGGUGGCGGCCAAUGUCCUGUGGUUCCAAGAGGAUCUGCGAACGGCGAUCAAUGCACCGCGUUUCUAUCAUCAGCUGCUGCCCGAUGUCCUGGAGUACGAGGAUGGUGGCUUCUCGGAAACGGUUCUCCAUCUGUUGGCCAACAGAGGACACACUCUGAAGCCGAUGUCGAAGUUGAAGGGUUCGAUAGUGACGGGCAUAGCACGGAAUUCGACUGCCAUCUAUGCGAAUGCCGAUUAUCGUAAACGCGGCGGUGUGGCCGGGUUUUAGGGUGGCUCCAAAUCCACCUAAUCAGUCACUCACAAACACACACCAUACACACUACAUACACACACACCACGCCACACACACACACACA